AGGCGCUCUCGGCUCCGGCGGGGGCGGAGGAAGUACCAGCUUUGCACUUCACCCCGGUAGCAGCUUCGCGGCGGGGGAUAGCUUUCUCUGGGGGCCCCACGGACUUGGGUGCUACCCGCACGUCUGUCCAGCCGGAUCAUGGGGUUACCUAAGGGGCCAGAGAGCCAAGGUGUCCCAGAGGUAGAAACAAGAGAAGAUGAAGAACAAAAUGUCAAAUUGACUGAAAUUCUGGAGCUCUUGGUUGCAGCUGGGUAUUUUAGGGCAAGAAUUAAAGGCUUGUCACCUUUUGAUAAGGUGGUAGGAGGAAUGACAUGGUGCAUUACCACUUGCAACUUUGACAUAGAUGUUGAUUUGCUCUUUCAAGAAAACUCUACAAUAGGUCAAAAAAUAGCUCUAUCAGAAAAAAUUGUCUCAGUUCUUCCAAGGAUGAAGUGUCCACACCAGCUGGAGCCUCACCAGAUCCAGGGGAUGGAUUUUAUUCACAUAUUUCCUGUUGUUCAGUGGCUGGUGAAGCGAGCUAUAGAAACAAAAGAAGAAAUGGGUGACUACAUCCGUUCCUACUCUAUAUCCCAGUUCCAAAAAACCUAUAGUCUCCCUGAGGAUGAUGACUUUAUAAAGAGAAAAGAAAAGGCCAUCAAGACUGUUGUUGACCUCUCAGAUGUUUACAAGCCCCGUCGAAAAUACAAACGCCAACAGGGAGCAGAGGAGCUGCUCGAUGAAGAAUCUCGAGUCCAUGCUACACUUUUGGAAUAUGGCAGGGUAACUGAUUCCUUGAUGAGAUAUGGAUUUAGCCGCCAGAGCAAAAUAGAGAAGGCUGAAGACAAGAAAACAGCACUUCCCGCAGGGCUCUUGGCUGCAGAAAAAGCUGAUGCUCAUGAGGAAGAUGAGCUUCAAGCUGCUGAAGAGCAGCGUAUUCAGUCACUGAUGACCAAGAUGACUGCCAUGGCAAAUGAAGAGAGCCGUCUCACCGCAAGCUCCAUGGGCCAGAUUGUGGGACUCUGCUCCGCUGAGAUCAAGCAGAUUGUGUCUGAGUAUGCCGAGAAGCAGUCUGAGCUAUCAGCUGAAGAAAGUCCAGAAAAAUUAGGAACCUCCCAACUUCACUGUCGGAAAGUCAUUUCCUUGAACAAACAGAUUCUGCAGAAGACCAAACAUCUGGAAGAGCUACAGGCAAAUCAUACCAAUCUACAAGCCAGGUAUGAUGAAAUGAAGAAAACACUGACAGAGUUGAAGAGUUAUAGUGAGAAACUGGACAAGGAACAGGCAUCCCUUGAGAAGAUAGAAUCCAAAGCUGAUCCAAGUAUCCUGCAGAACUUGAGAGCACUUGUAGCCAUGAAUGAAAAUCUAAAAAGCCAGGAACGGGAGUUUAAAGCCCAUUGUCGAGAGGAGAUGACACGUCUACAACAGGAAAUUGAAAACCUGAAAGCUGACAGAGCACCAGGUGGAGAAGAAAAGACCCUCUCCAGUGGAGAGCCACAUGAUGCCCUUACCCCUGUGAUAUCUCAUAAUGAAGACCUAGACAGACGAUAUAAUAUGGAGAAAGAGAAGCUUUAUAAGAUCCGUUUACUACAGGCUCGAAGAAAUCGAGAAAUAGCGAUUUUGCAUCGCAAGAUUGAUGAAGUGCCCAGCCGAGCUGAGCUAAUACAGUAUCAGAAGAGAUUUAUUGAACUCUACCGCCAGAUUUCAGCAGUGCACAAGGAAACCAAGCAGUUCUUCACUUUGUAUAAUACACUGGAUGAUAAAAAGGUUUAUUUGGAAAAAGAGAUCAGCCUGCUGAACUCAAUUCAUGAGAACUUCUCACAAGCCAUGGCUUCCCCUGCUGCCCGAGACCAGUUUUUACGUCAGAUGGAACAGAUCGUAGAAGGAAUUAAGCAAAGUAGAAUGAAGAUGGAAAAGAAGAAGCAAGAGAACAAAAUGAGAAGAGACCAGUUGAAUGACCAGUACUUGGAAUUGUUGGAAAAACAGAGGCUAUACUUUAAGACUGUGAAAGAGUUCAAGGAGGAGGGCCGCAAGAAUGAGGUGCUGCUGUCCAAGGUGAAAGCCAAGGCCUCCUGAAAGUUCCCAGCCAUCUUCGUAUGUCAUUGAUUUUUUUUUAAACACCAUAUAUCUGAUACAAGAUUAUAAAAUGGUUCUGAACGCUGCAGUGGAGAGAUGCUGGUGUAAUGAUUUCCAUACCCUGGAUGUUUUCUUUCUCCUGUUGGCUUCCAUUCUGUCUCUGUAUUGGUUAUUGUUGAUGCAAUCAGUCAGUGUAAAUACUGUGGCUUAGAUUACACCCAUCGUCCUCUGCAGAAAUGUGAGCAGUAUUUGUUCUCUAUGUCGACUCAACUUUUAUUUCUCCAAUAACACUGCACAUAUGACCUGAUACCUGUAUUUGUAUGGACUCUGAAUAAAGAGGAAUUCAUUUGCUUA